AUGAGCUACCACAAGCACAAGGCGUCACUCGACAAUCCCGCAGAGAUCAGAAUCCUGAUGGUAUCUAUCGUUGGUGGCAGCUGGAAUCCAGUAGACGUCAGCAACGUGUUCAGCUACAACAGAGCUAGAGUCUCAGUGCUUACUUGUCUGCCUAUCUACGAAGACGACUACCCAUAUUGCAAUUUCUACCUCACAGAUCUAUUCCUUCGCCAGACCUCUCCCAAAGCCAUCUCCAAUCGCGAAUUGGACGCAAUUUUGAACACUCAGACGUCCAGGAACUCAACCCAAAACGUACUCGCGCAUAUUCUAGUCAAGGUAGAGCGUCCACAAGCUGUUACCAACACUGAUUUCAACUUGCCGCUCAGUUUGAGACCUGGCAGACAGCCAAGACCGAGCAGCCGAGGCACAGCGCCUUCACGCAGCGUCAGCACUGGAACUAGACUUGACAAUUUCGGUGUACCGAUGUCCUCCUCAUCUGUAGAACAAGAGCAGCAUGUCCUUAUGUCGAAAUUCGAGCAAGAGCAGCGCGAUCAUGAGUUAGCACAGAAGCUACAGGAGGAUCUACGGAUUGAGGACGAGCGUGCACGCGAGGUGCAAAAUAGACAGAUAGAGCGUCAGCAGCGACAAUGGGCGGAACAGGUCGCCGGUAGUGAAAUGCCUCGCUCCGAAGUGGACCUGGUUCGCAGGAGAAACAGGGAACGUGAAAGAUUGUUACUUCUAAGGGAGCGUGAGAGAGUGCAACAGCAGCAACAGCACACUGAUAGGAAACCGUUGUCUUCGUAUACCGCAGAUCACAGAAGCUUACAAAAAUCAACCCGACAUUCACCAUACCCAGCAAUGGCUUCGCCUUCGUGGAGCUCAAGACCACCUCCAUCAACUCAACAACCCUAUAACCACCCAUAUCCCACUCAGCGUCAGUUGCAAAUGCCAGUUCCUAGUCUUGGCGUGCCACCAACUACUCACAACCGAAAACCAUUGCAAGGCGCAAGGAGUAUUUCUAAUAUGUAUGACGGCUACCAUCACUCGGACAAUCCUGCGGUUUAUCCUGCCGUACCACCAAAUAUACCAGCGAAUUAUGUCAAACAUAGGCAAGGUGGUGCACAAGUAUACGCUCCACCUCAGCCACAAGUGACAUCGCCAGGUACUCAAAUGAAACCGCUGCCUCCAAAAACUUAUUCUCAGUCGAAUAUUAAGAUACCUUCUCGUCAGGUGCAACCUAGCCCAUUUCCAGUGCACCAGCAGACCCUAGUCAACCACCCUUCGCAUCCACCUCCCCCCGACUCUCCCUAUGUGAUGCCAACGUCACCCUCAUCUAGUACCGCCAAACCACCUUCAAGGCCUUAUUCUGAAGAGGAGCUCAAUUGGAUGUACCGAAUGAAUCAGCAAAUCGACCAGCAGCAGUAUAGGAACAACGCACCCCCUCAACAGCCAUACGUAUCCCCACCAUACGCAUCCCCACCAUACGCAUCCCCACCAAACUCAGCUAGACUGGCAUCACCGGGGUGGAGCACCAGCAGUCUUCCAUCGAAGCACCAAAGCCCAACCUCAGACCAGCAAUCGCGCUCAACACUUGUAACGCCAGUAUCCAGUGACGGCAUGCCACAACCUUCUAACAUGCCGACGCCAAAACCUGGAAAUCAAGGUUUUUACGCCAAGUAUGACGAUUUUACAAUUGAUAGAUUUGGACGCGAGGAAUCUACAUUACUUUUUUCACCUUCUGCGAACGGGAACAUUCCAACCAACGAUGCAAUCUCGCCGCAGUCUGUAACUAACUCAUCGCAUACUAGACCACACCAACACAACCAGCACAGCUCUGUAUCUAGUAUACCUGAUGAGCACACUUCAUCUUCCAAUAGGUCUUCUACAGCGAGUGUUGAUCCGUUGACUCCAGCGUCAGAUUUGAAUAGUCAGGAUAGGUUUACGGCUGAAGAUGAUCAGGAGUUUUUACUGGAUGAUGGAACGAACACGCACGCUAGACAGCCUGAUGGCGCUGAGUCAGACAAUGGUAUGAUGGCAUCAGGUGAGGACUAUUCAUCAGCAACUGAUGAUGACGACGAUGAGUUUGGCUGGAAGAUUAAGCCUGCGGAUCAGCAAAACACUGCAACGAAAUCAUGGCAUAAUGUCACACCAACUUCGCCAGAAAUGGCAACCAUCAUACCUGGCAGAGGGAGUAUAGUAGAUGAGCAGCCGCAAAAGUCAUUGUCAUCGGAAACAAUUAAAGAUGAUAAAAAUGAAGAGAGCUACAGUGAUGAUGAAGGAGUGGCUACUUGGCAAAGGCCUCCUAAAUCGACCACGGAGUAUCUUAGUGGAUCUGAUACUCAUGCCUCAAAGCAAGACAAAAGAAAAUUACAAUUAAUUAUACCAGAAAAUAAUACAAUUACUUCCGAACCGCAGACUACAACAGCGACUGCAACUUCAGCUUCUGAUUCAGGUUCACCUGCCCAAACUCAAUUGCGUUCGAAUAAAAUAUCACCUCACUUGCUGAACAGAAGGAGAUUGAAUAGAGGUUCAAGUAUUCGGGACAAACGAAAUGAGAAUGCUCUGUUCAGACCUAAUCCGGAAGAUUUGAUUGAUAAUUUGGAGCUGUAUUUCCCUGGACAUGAUCUAGACAGACCUAUAGUGUCGAACAAUGGUGAUGAAAGUGCUACAUUGGAGUCAAGGAUGCAAUUUUCACCAACAAAUGAGAAAAACAACACUAAGCGUGAGAAUAAUCAAAAUAACGAGAAAAACGAGAAUGUCAAGGAGAAAGAAAUACCCAAGAACGUUAGCCAUACAGCUCUUCCUUCGAGAAUGCGUAGGACGAGAACUAUUAGACACGUAGCUCAAGAUCAUCGCAAAGCAUUGGACAGAGCGAGGUCGUUCAGGGUCGGUGAUGACGCUUCCUAUCAAUCGAACGACCGUUCAUCAGUUAUCUAUGAAGAACCAGCUGAGAUUGCGAGAGAAGAUACCAUGAAAGAUCUCCAAGAUGCCAACGCCAAAUACAGGCAAAGAGAAGAUGAGACAGAUCAGAGCCAAUUGGAGCAACCAACUUUAGAGCAGAAAGAGCAGAAGAUGCUAAGUUCAGAGGAAAACUUAGCAAAUCCAGAUCAGAACAUUCCAAUUAGAAAGGCACACAGUGCAGACGAUAAGAACGGGUUGAGGCGUCGCUCGACGGUGUUCUGGGGUAAUAAAGUUGUGCAGGUCCAGCCGAAUGAAAGGGAAAAAGAAUAUCAUAUCCUCUCACCGGUAACAGAUGAGCCAUCUACGAUAAAGUGGGUCAAAGGUGACCUUAUCGGGAAAGGAUCGUUCGGUCAUGUGUAUCUGGCACUCAACGCCAACACUGGUGAACCGCUAGCUGUAAAGCAGGUUGCUUUGACUGCUCAUUCUGAAGAAGAAAACGAUGGUGAUAACAAAUUAGUUGAUAGUAUUAAGUAUGAGAUUGAGUUGCUCAAGGAUCUCGAUCAUGAUCGAAUCGUCAGUUAUUUAGGCUUCGAGAGAACGGAAAAGUACUUUUCAAUCUUCCUUGAAUAUGUUCCUGGUGGCUCUGUUAUGCGCUGUCUUAGGAGACACGGUCCGUUUGAAGAAAAUUUGGUUAGAUUCUUCAUGAAGCAGGUGUUGGACGGUCUAGUUUACCUUCAUGAUAGCGGUGUGUGGCACAGGGAUCUCAAAGCGGAUAAUUUGCUCGUCGAUUUCGAGGGCAACUGCAAAAUUUCCGACUUUGGUGUUUCUAAAGCUGCUGAUUCUGAUGCGUAUGGUACAAAUGCCGGAGCCACUAACAUGAAGGGGACCUUCUACUGGAUGGCUCCUGAAGUAAUAGACUCAGUUGGAAUGACUGGGUACUCAGCUAAGUGCGACAUAUGGAGUUUGGGAUGUGUUUUCCUGGAAAUGUUUACGGCUGAAAGACCAUGGCCCAAGAUGACGAUGGUGCAGAUAGUGAUGGAGGUUGGACAAAAACGAUCAGCACCCCCAGUUAAAGAGAGCAUCAAGAUGAGUGAGAGCGCUGUGAGAUUCAAGGACACGUGCUUCAAGGCUGAACCGCGCGAGCGGCCAACAGCAUCACAGUUGCUUGAAGAUGACUUUCUGAAGAUAGACAAAGAAUGGAACUUCAAAGACAGCAAGCUAGGACAGAGUAUACGCUCGAGCAACAAACAUCAUAUAUAA